AUGAAAGGUAAGGACGUGUUAUCUACAGAUUCAGAGACAGAAGAUCGCUUUUCAAACGAAGGAUUUUCUGACUCUGAUUUGGAGUCUGAAGAAGGAGAGGAGAUAAGUGAAGAACUUGUACCUGACUUUGAUCAGCAAAAGGAUGAGGAAGAUGAAGUUGAUAUUAAUAUUAAGAGAAGUGAGGAUAAUACUAUUGGCCCAUUUGGAUUGAGAGUUACAGGUGAAGAUUUGGAAACAAUAAAGUCAAGAGUAGAAUCAAUUGUUGAGUAUUUGGACUCUAAGGGUCCUGGUAAAGUAUCUAUAGAAUAUCAGGGCUCAAGUUUAAGAAAGGCAUCAAGAAGUGAGCUAAUGGCCAAAUUAGCAGAUGACGUUUCAAUCUUAUAUGGAUACAAUACUGAACUUACAAAUUACAUACUAAGUUUGUUUUCUCCAAAAGAAGCUUUGGAUUUCUUUGAGGCAAAUGAAAAUAAAAGGCCUUUGACAAUUAGAACUAACAUGCUCAAGAGUAGAAGAAGAGAUUUAGCCCAGAAAUUAAUUUCUAGAGGAGCAAACGUAGAUCCUACUGGUGAAUGGACCAAGGUUGGUCUUACAGUGUACUCCAGCAGUGUUCCAAUCGGAGCAACUCCUGAAUACCUUGCUGGACAUUAUAUGAUUCAAAGCGCCUCUAGUCUUAUACCAGUUAUGGCCUUGGCUCCUCAGCCAGGUGAGAAGGUUCUAGAUAUGGCAGCAGCUCCUGGUGGUAAAACAACUUAUAUUGGACAAUUAAUGAAGAAUUCUGGUAUAUUAUAUGCAAAUGAUCUGAGAAAGGAUAGGUGUACUGGUUUAAUUGCUAACCUUCAUAGAAUGGGCAUUAAUAAUAGUAUUGUAGUUAAUAUGGAUGGUAAAGAGCUGGGAUCAUUCCUUCCAAAGCUUGACAGAGUACUUCUUGAUGCUCCAUGUACUGGUCUUGGAAUUAUUGCAAGAGACCCUUCUGUUAAAGUUAAAAGAAGUGUCAAGGAACUUGCUCAACACUCUCUACUUCAAAAAGAACUUCUUAAAGCUGCCAUCGAUAUGGUGGAUGCCAAUAGUAAAACUGGUGGAUAUGUAGUUUAUUCUACUUGCUCAAUCUCUAUUGAGGAAAAUGAAAUGGUUAUAGACUAUAUUUUAAGAACCCGUCACGUUAAACUGGUUCCUUUAGGGGUUGAAAUCGGAUCUAGUGGUAUUUCAAAGUUUAGAGAACACAGAUUUAACCCUACAAUUUCCACAUACACUAGAAGAAUAUAUCCUCAUCUUAAUAACAUGGACGGUUUCUUUGUUGCUAAACUUAAGAAAAUUUCGAAUGACAUUCCUAAAUUAAUUAAAAAAGACAGAAACAAGUCUAAUAACUACAUUAAAACUUGGGGUAAGGAGAAGUGGACCAGUGAUCUUAUUCACAAAAUUGACCCAGUCUCUCCCUGUGAUUAUUCUAAAGAAGAACAAAGCAAAAUUGUUCAAAAAGACUCUAAAAUACACACUACACCCAUUAAAAAGUCAAAAAAUAAACCAGGAAAAAGAGACAGAAUGCUUUCUCGUUCUCUUAAGCAAAGUAUAAACCAAUCAAACUCGGAACCUCUACCAAAAAAAUCCAAUGUCAAAGUAAACUAA